UAUGUUGGCUUUGUGAACAUUCCAGUGCUGGAUGUGUAAGGAGAAACAACAUAGAGAAAAGCUUAUCGGGGGAAGAUGCUGUAUAGACGUGUGAGGAUGGAUGUCGUUGGGUACUUUGCACUAGGUUGUGUUCUCCUCUGUGGUAGCGACGCGGCUCCUGUUGGUAACUCUACCGAUUAUGAUACAGGCACCAACAGUACCGACAAGGACGCCAACGGCACCGACAACGGCUCUAAACAUUAUUACCACUACAACCACUACGGAAAUCAUUACUACGGUCACCACUACGGCAACGACUAUGGUCACAACGACUACGAUCAUCAUGGGGAGGACAUGUUUGGCCACGUGGAGACGAAUCUGACCACCAACCCUGACCACGAGCACAUCCUGAACGAAUAUCUCAAUUACGGCUUUUCCCAACAUGGCCACGACAACAAGACCGAGGGAAUGCUGGGCAAGAUCUCGAAAUAUCUUCGUAACGACGCUGCAACGACCUUGACAUCUACGUCGAUGACGCUGUUCUGUCUCACCGUCGGGAAGAUGUCGUUGACGUUUUAGGAAGAGGCAGUACCGUGAAUAACAACGGCAUCAAAUGCAUGACGUCAUCAAAUGCACUUAUAUGUUACGCAACUAGUGAAUUACGUCACCACGAAGAUGUGUAGUAACCAUUUAGUUUAUACAUUAAAGCCGUUGUUAUUUAAUAACAUAAUUAGAAAAUAUUUGUAAUUUUUCAUGAUCAGUAAAUGAUGUGUCCCAGGUUAACAUUUACACGUACUUGUUUUGAAUAUGUUUUAAAUAUUACUGUAAUAAGGAGGAUAUUAACAACACAUUUAACAUUGUAAUCGCUUAUGUCACGACUCGACCGAUAUGACCAGGCCAUCAUGCUUGGCUCAAGAAACGUUGUUUUCAUGUCGGUUCAUAAUUAGCUUGUUUACGGAUCCACGGACUGCUACUGCUACCACAGAUACUUUCUCAGGAUGUCAAUCACCGGAUUGUCUGAUCUUUUGUAUCGAGAUGUCCGUCAAAAUACUGUAAUAUUGAUGCAAACCAAUCCACAUUUGAUUCAACUAGUGCUUUUCCAUCGGUUUUCUGUUUUUGCUGUUUUAAAGGGGACGACUGCUACUGCUACUGCUAAUACUACUUCUUGCUAAGGAUGGCAAUCACCGGUUGUCUGAUCUAUUGUUUCAAAACCUCCGUCAGAGUACUGUAAUAUUGAUGCAAACUAAUCCACAUUUGAUUCAACUACUGCUUUUCCAUCGGUUUUCUGUUUUUGCUGUAUUAAAGGCGACUACUGUUAUUGCUACUGUUAUUGCUACUGCUACUACUGCAACUACUGCUACUGCUACUGCUACUGCUACUGCAACUACUGCUACUGCUACUGGACUGAAGAACUUUUCAUGGGUUGUCUCAUGUGUCUCAGGUUCAAAUACAAGAACAAUGUAAUCUACUUUCCGGAUUGAACUUUGCGGUGCACGUGAUUUCUAUGUGUAGCGGAGGCACGUUAAGGAUUACUGUUUAGUGACGUUUGUUUAUUUUGUUUUCAGAAAAUGAAGUGUGCUUGCGAACGCAUUCAGCUUCGCGGUAAGAACAUUAAAAUGCCACAUGCGUUGCCUUAUAAGUUUUUCUUAUAAACAUGUUUGUUGAGUCUA